AUGGCCGUUAAAGAACGUAGUUUAGCUCAACACAAUUACUCUAAGUUUAUUUCAUCAUCAUCAUCAUCAUCAUCAUCAUCAUCAUCAUCAUCAUCAUCAUCAUCAUCAUCAUCAUCAUCAUCAUCAUCAUCAUCAUCAUCAUCAUCAUCAUCAUCAUCAUCAUCAUCAUCAUCAUCAUCAUCAUCAUCAUCAUCAUCAUCAUCAUCAUCAUCAUCAUCAUCAUCAUCAUCAUCAUCAUCAUCAUCAUCAUCAUCAUCAUCAUCAUCAUCAUCAUCAUCAUCAUCAUCAUCAUCAUCAUCAUCAUCAUCAUCAUCAUCAUCAUCAUCAUCAUCAUCAUCAUCAUCAUCAUCAUCAUCAUCCAAAAGAAGAAAUCUAGUUAGAAACAUAAUAUGCAGUAAUAGGGUGUGUUAA